AUGACUUGUAUAUUACUACAUAAUUUCUUGAGACGAAGCUCCACUUCUUCGUGUAUCUAUACACCACCCGGAUUUAUUGACAUUUAUGAUGAUGAUUCAGUACUUAUACAACCUGGAUCAUGGAGGAAAGAACAAGAAAAAACUUGUGCUAUCCGUAACUUGAGGAACGUGGCUCGGCGAUCACCAAAAGAUGCCACAGAAAUAAGAAACGAAUUCACCAAAUAUCUAACAACCCAAAAGAUUUACAGGACAAUCUGGAGCGAAGAGUUGUUAAAGAGAAACCUGAAGAUAAACAUUACUAAAGCGACAGUCAUGACUUCUACAAAAGGAAAAACACUUAAAAUCAUAUCUAAAGGAAAACAUAUAGAUCAUCAAGUACAUACUUUCAAAUACCAUGGUAUCCAAAUAGAGGAAGACGGAGCAAUUGUUGAAGAAAUAAGAGAAAUAUUACUGAAGGCAUAG